AUGUCCUUUGUAAAGCUUAGUAUCUUUGGCACUUCCUUCGAGGUCACCACCCGCUAUGUCGACCUACAGCCAGUCGGCAUGGGCGCUUUUGGUCUUGUCUGCUCCGCCAAAGACCAGCUCACAGGCGCAUCCGUCGCCAUAAAGAAGAUCAUGAAGCCCUUUAGCACCCCCGUCCUCAGCAAGCGCACAUAUCGCGAGCUCAAGCUUCUCAAGCAUAUUCAGCACGAAAAUAUCAUCAGCCUCAGCGAUGUCUUUAUCUCCCCGCUCGAAGAUCUAUACUUUGUAACAGAGCUCUUGGGUACCGAUCUCCACCGUCUACUCACAUCCCGGCCACUCGAAAAGCAGUUUAUUCAGUAUUUCUUGUACCAGAUUCUGCGCGGUCUCAAAUAUGUUCACUCGGCUGGCGUCGUACACCGCGAUCUCAAACCAAGCAACAUUCUUGUCAACGAGAACUGUGAUCUAAAGAUCUGCGAUUUCGGUUUGGCUCGCAUCCAAGACCCUCAGAUGACUGGCUAUGUCUCGACAAGAUACUAUCGCGCCCCUGAAAUCAUGCUCACUUGGCAGAAAUAUGACGUUGCCGUCGACAUUUGGAGUACAGGAUGCAUCUUCGCCGAAAUGUUGGAGGGCAAACCGUUGUUCCCAGGAAAAGACCACGUCAACCAAUUUUCGAUCAUCACAGAGCUGCUGGGCACACCUCCCGAUGAUGUCAUUGAGAGCAUCGCAAGCGAAAAUACUCUUCGUUUCGUCCAGAGUCUACCAAAACGCGAGCGCAUCCCCUUUAAUCAAAAGCUUCGCACCAAUGAUCCAGACGCUAUCGAUCUGCUCGAGAAGAUGCUGGUCUUUGAUCCCAGAAAACGGAUAGAUGCAACCCAAUCACUCGCCCAUGAAUACGUUGCGCCGUACCAUGAUCCGACAGAUGAGCCAGUCGCCGGUGAAAAGUUUGAUUGGAGUUUCAACGAUGCCGAUCUACCAGUUGAUACCUGGAAAGUCAUGAUGUACAGUGAAAUCCUUGAUUUCCACCAAGUUGGAGAUGGGACUUCCAUUACCCCUGGAAUCCCAGAGGGUGCACUUGCAGGACCAGAAAAUAACCAUACCUCAAACGGCGUACCUCUGACGGAGUAA